AUGCGUGGGCUGCAUUCCACUCGCUUGUCAUUGCAGCGUCUCCACGUCCGUCCUGCACCACAAGAUCGUCUUUAUCUACUGAUCCGUGCAUUUAGUGAUGCUUUGGAUCCUGCUAAGCGUUCUCUAGGCAGCAACGUGUCUCGUGUCAAUGGUGUCUCCUCUUCUCUAUCGCUCGUUAAUGGCUCUAUUAAUGGCUAUAAGGACCGAUACGAUAUGAACAAGAUGGAUACAGAGACAACACAGUUCUUAGCUUCAUACCGUGAUGAUGACCAGCACGUACAGGACAUUGAGUUCACUGCACAGCGCAUUGGCUUUCCCAUUAGUGAGACAGAGCUCAAAGAAUGCACCGAGCAUCAGAUGCGACAGAAGGAGGAAGAAAUUGAUUGCAUUCGAGAAGAAUCUAGAAAAGAAGCUACGGAGAAAGCUGAGAAAAUCAUGGCGAUACUACGCCAUUCCAUGUCAGAAUUGGAGAUUGGCAAAGUCAUUCAUCGCAUUGCUCAAUAUGCCACUCUCCCUCGAGUCACGGGACUCUCAAGGAAGCAGUUUUUGAGAUCUUUGGAAACGAGGUUUGGAGAUAAAAACAGAAAAGAGCUUGGUUACAUGCUGGCAUUUCUGCAAGGUCGAGACGAUGUCAUUGACCAGCUAGAGAUUAAGUCACGAAUGGGAGAAGACCAGAAGCAACAGGUUAAAAGCAUGGAAGAGCAAAAACCACCUGCACAAAUGGCGGAGGAAUUUGUGGUACCCAAGAUUAUGGGACUGCAUCCGGACUUGGUGGCAGACCCACAGUUUGUAAGCAUCGUCUUUUGCUACUGCCGAUUGGCUUGUCUGAAUUCCCUGAAGCUCAUGAAACGACCAGCAUCAGGUUUCGGUCGUGGAUCCAAGUCGAGUUUGUGGCAAGUCAAGGCAGAUUUCCGGAAGGUGCUGGACAUGGAGGGAUUCUCGCACUUUGCAGACAUGCUUGGGCUGGAGAAAGUAACCAUCAAGGACGAGGAUGAGAACGGUGACGCCAUGGAUGCCGAAUGGGAGGAGUUUAAUUUGGAAAAUGACCGUAUUGACUUCCGCAUGCUUUUGUCACAGACACAGAGCAUCGUUACUUUUAUGAAGAGAGAGCUUUCCAAUGAGACCAUCUCGAAAAUGCUCGUGGCGAUUUUGGCGUCCGUCAAGACGUCGAAAUUGCACCGCAAGAUCUUCCAGGAAAUGGUGUGUAAUAUUCAAACAGCAUUUCCCGAGGUACAUCAUGAGCAGCUACUAUCAGAGCUCGUACCGUUCUUUUCAGGUGAUAACGCCACAUACGGGGACUUUGACUCGGAAGUGGCGACGACUGCUCUACAGCACCACCAGAUGCGAAACGAAGCGAUCAUUCGUGCUUUGCUGGAAACCCGUAUGCGUGUCGGUCACAUUCUUAUUCGCGACAUUGACGACGUAGAGCCUACUCAUUCGAUUUCAAAGAAGCUGACCCCAGAGCAACACGAGAAAGUGAUUACAACGGCGUGGAAUAUCGUGUCAGUAUUGGAUGACCGCAAGUACCACAUGUUCUUCACUCGUUUUCUCAAGUACAAGCUUGCAUGGCGACCGAAUCGUGCCACAUUUGGCGAGACAUUCCUGUCAGAUGUUCGUAAGACUCUUGGACCUCUCGAUGCGAACGCGAUUAUGCCUAUGUUUGAGGAAGUGUACCAGCAGUUGUCAGUGGAGACGCUUACGAUUUGCCGUGUCAAACUUCGUCAUUCUGGGAAGCUGCUGCGUGGUCGAGGUGCACUUGAACCGCUGAAUGACGCUGGUCGUGAGCGCCUCGAGACCGCAUGGCAACCCUCGCAUUGUGCUUUUUACCGCAACUUACCACAUGGCGUAACGAAGAAGCACUUGGAGAACGCACUUGCUCACGUCGGAGGCGUCAAGCGCUUUUUCCUGUUUUCCAACCCCAUUAACGGUCCGCCAGAGGCAUCAUUUGAUGAUACUGACGAUGAUGAAGACGACGAGAUCGAAGGUGAAGAUGAGCAAGAAAACGAAUUUGACGCUGUAGAUGACAAUGAUGACAAGCCAAAGAAGAAGAAGAAGAAAAAGAAGAAAGCAACAAAGGCCGAGUUAGAGGACUUGAGAGGAUUGAAGAUGCCCAAGCACAAGAGAAAAAUUGUUGCGAGCGACAAGAAGACGCCGCAUCAAGCCGUGGUGGAAUUUGAGUCCGAAAGCGCGUGCCGCGUGGCGACGAUGCGUGCAUUACAGAUCUUUGGCGUGAUGAUGUCAGGAUGGAAUGAGUACCGACCAGUGUUCUCAUCACCGGUAGAUAAUCGCUCGGGUAUCACUCUAAUGAACGUCCCUUAUGGGACUAAGGUUGGUGAUCUUGUGGAUGAGGUAAACAGGAUCCUGUUCAAAGCUGGUCUGAAGAUGAAGGUGUCGGGUUUAGUUCCCCGAGGUGUAAUGCUGACAAACGGUCGUCUGGAUCUGCGCUUUCCAUCGUUCGUGGAGGCCGCACAAGUCGUCGAGCAGCUGAAUGAACAUGUGAGCAAGAUGAAGAGAUGUCGAGCACUUUCCAAGAAAGACGCUUUUCGCUUUCACGAAUAUGUAAAGCUUAAGACGAGAAUGAAAACGAAGGAAAGAACCGCAGAGAAGGAACGAAAGAAGGAGGAAGAAGAGGAAUUAGCACGAGAAGAGGAACGCGAUGCUCAAGAUGAUGAGGAUCUCAUGUGUUUUGGCGUUGGUGAGGACGAGGAGGAGGACGACGGUGAGGAUGAGGACGACGAUGACGAUGAUAAUGAGGAAAAGGCCGUUGACAAGCUGAAAAAGAAGUACAUCCUUACGGUGUCAGAAACAGUUGAGGAAUACUUUGACGAGUGGCUAGAGGCAGAGUCGAAUAUGACUGAUGAGGAUUUGGCACGCAGUGAAGUGCCUCGCCCUUUUGAUGUCACCUGGACACCCUUGCCGAAGCCCACGAACAAACACUUGUACCUUUAG